AUGUCUCUCAACUACGACCUUAUCGUGCUCGGAAGUGGCCCUGCCGGUGCUAUUGCUGCAUUAGCGGCUGCAAAAUUCGGUAAACGGGUUGCAAUCGUGUGUCCUCGAAUUGGCGGAACGUGCAUAAAUGUCGGUUGCAUUCCCAAGAAAAUCAUGUGGGAAGCAGCUAGUUUGUCGAAAGCCAUGCCCUAUGCUCCGUACUUCGGAAUCAGAAAACCUGUCUCUACUGUAGAAUACGGAGACAUUAACUGGGAUGUGUUGGCUUCUAAAAGAGAUGAAGUUACAGGCCGCAUAAAUACGCAUUACGAACAAGAAUAUGCUGAUCAAGGAGUUGAUGUAAUUUAUGGCUACGGUAAGUUUAUUAACGAGGAAGCCGAUAUCCAGGUGAGCCUACUGGGACAAACAAUCCGGGGUAAAACAUACAAAAAGGACGACAAGUUGGAUUUAUCAGCUUCCUACGUUAUAAUAGCUGUUGGUAACCAGGCAGUGAUUCCUCAGAAUGUUCUCGGGGCUGAAUUAGGUGGAAUUUCCGACACCUUCUUUAGCUGGCACGAACAGCCCCGUACUGUGGCUAUAGUGGGUGGUGGCUACAUUGGCACAGAAUUGGCACAGAUGUUGAGCAUCUUUGGCACCAAAGUAACGGUUAUCACAAAAGGUAACAGUUUACUUACGAGAUUCGAUGACUCAAUUCAAGAGAGACUCACAGCUGCUCUCAAGGAAGAUGGAGUCGAAAUCGUGACAAAUGCCACGGUUCUGGCCAUAAAACAACUUGACAACUUAAAGGAAGUAAAGAUUUCCAAUGGAACUAGUUUGCAAGUCGAGAGUGUCAUCUGGGCUAUAGGAAGAAAGCCUCAGAUCAACUUGGGAUACUCUUCAGCCAAUAUCAAGUUGGGUGAUUCAGGUGAAGUUAUCAUUGAUGAUUUCCAUCAGACUACCAAUCUCAAGGUGUAUGCCAGCGGGGAUAUCAUCAACAAGAUCAACUUGACACCUGUGGGACUCCAAACAGGUGCUCGGAUUUCAAGACAUCUCUUUGGAAAGAAGAAGAUUGCCAAAUAUGACUACGAUCAACCGUAUCCUUCAGCAAUUCCAGCAGUAAUCUUCUCCCAUCCUGAGGUUGCUACACUUGGCUUGUCUUCCAAGGAAGCAGAAGAUAAGUUCGGAAAGGAUAACGUCAAAGUCUAUGAGCAAGCAUUUCCAUCUCUGUUCUACAUAGUUGCACCUCAGGACAAACAGAAGAAGAACUACUACAAGUACAUCACUGCUGGAAAAGAUGAAAAAAUUGUUGGGCUCCACUUGAUUGGAGACAACGUCACCGAAGAGAUACAAGGGUAUGUUCUUGCUCUCAAGCUCGGUGCUACCAGGAGAGACUUAUUAGAUACAAUCUUUGUUCAUCCAACUGUUGCUGAGUGGAAGCACCACGAUUUCUAA